UGUGCGGCGAUCCUACCCUUCUGUUACUGCUUCGCGAGCCUGGAAGGAUCCCCUAAAACUCCACCACCAGGUCUUCUUCACGUGUUUGACUCCUCUGGCCUUCCGUAGCUGUCUGUUCUGGAACGAUGAGUUUCUUUUCUAUUAUCGAGGGUCAGUUACUGAGACUUUAGCUCUCCUCCGCCCCUGUGGCUGGUGAAGCCAUGCUGUGUUUUAGUGUGGAGUUAGAGUGUGGAGCCCCCAUGUGGCUGUAACGUGUACUGUAGACAUAACUGCCCCAUUAGUUACCGCUGCAGAGACGUUGUGAAAAUUCAUUGUGCGACCCAAACAAACCUCCUGCCAGUCCAGACGUUGGGAAUGAGUGCUGUAAACUUCUCGUUUCUCCAAUAUCACGAGAUUUGGAACAACCUGAGCUCAGGUUGCUACUCUCUCCUGAUUGGACCAGCCUGACAUGUGAAGGCGAGCAGCCCCGCCCCCAGCAUUGCGCUAGAACAUGCCCACCGGCAGCUAGGACACGCCCACUCAGGCUGGGAUCCAGUCCACUCUACCCUUUCCUAUCCGCUGCUUGUUUUUGAAGCAGCAUGUCCAGGAAGAGCUACCGCCGGUGUUUUUUUGGUUGUAAAGGAAAAUCUCAGCUUUUCUCACCUCCAAAGGACGAAAGCACCAGAAAACAGUGGCUGGAAUUUAUUUCUGCUGAAAAGCCCUCGGCCAAGCUGUGCCUGUGUGCGGGACACUUCACAGAGGACUCAUUCACAAACAAAGGCCAGUAUGAUGGAGGAUUCGCCUCCCACCUACUGCUGAAACCAGGAGUCGUUCCCUCUUUAAAGCGGGUUCAUCAUGAACUUCACCAUGACUCAGAACCAAAAGCUAGUCCAUCACAACUAACCGCUGCAGCCGGUGCUCACCAAACCAAACCACGACGAAGAGUCAGUGUGGCCACACAAACUGUCAGAGGGGCGACAUCUUUGGGAACACAGUUUUCAGCUUCCUCCUCUGGAGUUUCUAUCGGGACCCAGCUAUCAUACAGAACUCUGAAAGAGCCCAUGAGAAGUAAAGGUACUCAGGCUACAGUCCGCUGUGCCAGUGUCGGCACAGAGAUCACUGUCCGAAACAAACACUUUACACGUUCAUCAUCACAAACAAAGCCUUCCCGUGCCAGACCAGCAAAGCGGCCUCGCCUAGAUCUUCUGGAGAAGGAGGAAGAGGAGGUGAGAGAAGAAGAGCACAGCAGGUUAAAAACCGACUCCACCCUUCAGUAUGGGAAGUCAUCGACAUCACAAAUGAGUGAGACAGAAUCCACCCCUCACAAUGAGGCUAAAUAUGUUGUGAUUGCGAGCGGGCUCAGAGAGCUUUUCCAGACCUGCCCAUUGUGCAAGCAAGACUGUGAUGUGCAGCAGCAGAAACUUGGGACCUGCGUGGCCUUCCGUCAAAAAUGCACAAACUGCCAGUAUGCAAAACGAUGGCAGAGCCAGCCAGUCGGGAAGAGUGCGCCUGUUGGAGACUUAAAAAUGUCUGCAGGCGUGUAAUUCGCAGGAGUGUCCUUCAUUCAACUUGAAAAGGGCAGGAUCCGGAACCUCCUAUCCCAUCCGGCUUCCAGCACAGGAGGGGAUAACGACCCCGACAUGUCCGCCCAGGUAUCCCCAACACCAGCUGACAAAACUUUAGUAUGUAAGGUCCUGAUAACUCCUGGACCAGAGACUUUUGACAGCAGAAGAAUGUGUUUCAUCACUGAGGGUAACCUCUACUGCUUUUCACUCCCACCUUCCACUUUUACUGAUUCAGUUCCACCCAGAGACAGCUGCUUUCGAAGGUAAACUGUACCUUUGUUAAUUAGACUGCC